AUGCCCUUUGUGCAGACAAAGCCCGGCCAGUACGACCGGCCCUUAGAUGACCUGGAAAUCUUCCAUCGAACCAUCGGCGCCACGGGCGCCCGUUUUCACAGACAACAAUAUUUCAUCAUCGGUGCUUUGAAGCUUCGAAACACGCCCUCGAUCCCCGAUUUGCAACAAGCGUGGACGGCUCUACGACACCUCCAUCCACAACUCGCAACCGUUGUCGACGAGACCGGUACGCUCUGCAGAUAUACCGUGCCUACUCCCGAAGCCGUGAACCAAUGGCUCGAGGAGACGUUCAUCGUCCACCCAGAAGCAGAAUACAAUGCGCCUUCGGCGGAGAGAUUGGCUCUUAGUCUUCCUCCAUCUCCGUUUUUCAAACUCCAUUGGGUCCCGGCCUCGCGAGAGCUGCUGUUCCGGACCCCGCAUUGGCGCACCGAUGGAGCAGGGUUGAUGAUGCUGCAAGACGCUUUUCUGAGACUGCUGUCUGCUCCAGCUCAAGAAAUUGUCUUCGAUGGAUCUGAAAUCUCGCGCCUUCCGCCGGCAAUGAAUGAUUUACUUUUCCCUGGCUUUCAGGCCACCGAAGCGACCCAAAGGGCGUUUGAUGCCGAGUGGCAAGCGACUCUUACUGAUCCCAGCCUGGAGCCACUGAGUUGGGUCAAACACGCGUUGCCGGGUACUACCAUCCCCGGAUCGACCGUUCGAGUCAGCCACAGAUUCUCGAAAGAGGAGACGACGCAGAUUAUCACGGAGAGCAAGAAACGCGGAAUCACCGUGACGAAUGCGGUGGCGAGUGCGUUUCUGGUGACCGCCGCCCAUCAUUCGACCCCCGCCGAUGGCCGCUUGGUGCUCUUGCACCCGUUCAAUUUACGGAGAUAUCUCCCGGCUCCCUGGAAUGGCACGGCUGGUGCCGGUGCGGCGUACCAUACUGGUAGACUGCAGAGUUUCAACAUACAAGAUGGGAGGGAUUACGAGUCGGCGUGUCGGGCCGUGACGGACUUCUAUCGUCGGGGCAUUGACGAUGCUUUCGGCUUUAUGCCGUUGCUUAUCCAGGGUCUGACUUCGUUGGUGGACACGCCCGCGGAAGUGGUCAAUGCCGGGAAUGGGUCGGCGUCUGUCGAUCUGAGCCAGCUGGGCCGUGUUGAUGAUCUCCUGCAGCCUCGUUACGAAGGGUCACGGUAUACGUUGGAGAUUGAGGAUUGGUGGGCCGGGGUGGACUUUGUCACGAAGAAACUGCAAGGGUAUACGUGGACUCGGGAUGGUCGGUUACACCUCACGCUUCAUUUCAAUGAAGCGUUCUAUCCGUUGGAGGCUGUGGAGGGAUUCCUGGAGGAGUGGAGUGCCCUUCUUGUCAAGGAAUUCGUUCGUCAAUGAGUAUUACGGUCAAAACAUAAGAAUAAUACUGCUACAUGUGGGUAUUUUGACCGCUCUGCCAAGUUUUGAGGCUCUCUAGGUGUAUGUUAGCACAUGAUCUUCUAGCAGAAAGAGGAAUUGAUAUGCGAUAGAGCCUCCUAUACGGAGUUACUCCGUAACAAGUGAAAGAUACCCACGAGGGGGCUGUGUUAUAAUCUCGAGUCAUGCAUUGCAUUUCUACUGUCCUAACAAAUCAGAUUCAAAUUGAGCGCUGCCGACGUGAAAGCCGACCAAUGAGCGAAGCGAGGUGCGAC